UCAGGGAAGGCACUCGUAUAGUGCGCAUGCGCCAUGCAUGCAAAGCACUCCGCGCCUUCUCCAACCAGGCAGCUGCAGAUGUCGACUCUUGUGUUUUCCUCCUCCUGGCACACCAUCACAUUUGUUCAGCUCAGAGCCCAGCAGAGUCGCCCCCCACCCCCAGAGAGUUUGGGCUUCGCAUGGACAGACUGGAGUCGAGCCCAUUUUCCCUCCUCUCUCCUCGGUUUUGUGGUUAUUUUUCGACAGAAAACGUUUGCGCUCAUCCGCUGACCGAAAAACUGCUGCCUGGAUUCUUACUUUUUCACCUCUUCAGUUACUUUUGAGCAGAUCAAAGGGAUCUCCUGACCGCAAAGCGGAGAGCGCGUUUUCGAUGCUGCGUGAGGUGAAAUCACCACAGCACAGGAACCUGCUCAGCUUUACCAGAAAACCCGGCUCGUUGUGUGUUUGGCUGCCAAAAUGCUUGGGUUACAGGGGAACACUUCAACUCCCAGGGUGUAUCGCUGUGUGGCAUGUUCAGACACCUUCACUGGAUUAGCAUCGUUGCUCGUACAUCAAGCGAGUCAUGCAGGCAUGCUCUCCAAAGUCUCUGCUUCCUCACCCUCUCAGUCUACCACCAGCUUGCAAGAGAGUUUGUUCACAACCCCAGAGCCAGCAGGUCCACCUGCCAUGUUACUUGAAAGUCCCUCGCCUUCUUUUUACAUUUGUGAUUGCGGAGAAGAAUUUCACAACUUUGAUCUUUUGCUGGAGCAUAAACGGUCUCAUGUCCCUCAGCUACUGCAGCCCUUCGCCAACAAUGAUGCUCGUCUUGGAGAACAGUGUAACAAUGUUUUUCUUUCACAGCAGGCAUCUUUCACUGUGCCACGGCAGGCAGGGUUAGACCUUAGUUGCCCUUCUACCUCCAUGUCCACAUCGCAUGAAGCAUCUACAUCAAACUCCCAUGCAGCAGAUGUAGCCCUGGAGGACCAUGUUGCCAUGGUAACCUCUCCUCUUGGCCAGUGCUCUCCCCCUCAAGAUGUCAGCUUGAAACGGACUGAAAACAUGCCCACUGUUUCAGAGAAUGUGCUAGGGAGUGAUGAAGAAAUCCAUUUAGAGGACCAGUCCAAUUCCGUUCACGGUGCAACGGGUGAGAAUUUGCCCAAAAAUGACAUUCUAAUGAGGUUGCUAGCAUCGGCUUACAAGAACCACUAUCCUCCUCCUUUGUCUGAGAAUCAAAAUGAUAACAAAGUCGUCCCCAAACAAGAAGCCAUACCGGUUGAAAUAAUAGGUGUGGCUAAACCUAAAGCGUCUUCAGUCAACGAUCAUUCAAUUGCUCAGUUGAGACGACUUCUCACUAAACCUGGUAUAAAAACAAAAGCCCCGUCCAUUAGCAAAAUCCUUGAAUCAAGUAAGAAAAGGGUUGUCUCUCUAACCAAGACUUUGUCUCCUGUUGUGGUUCUUGAGACUCGCCAAAAGCUUGUGGAUCCAACUUGUAAAGGCGCAUUUGGGAGAUAUCAGUGUGGCCGCUGUCGUAAAGUCUUUUUGAACUUGGACAAACUAACUGAGCAUCAUUUCCUGCACAAGAAGGAGAGGAUUAAAUGUUGCCGUCGUUGCAAACAGCUCAUUAUUGGACGGUUGCCUUUGCCUGACAAUCAUGUUUGCCCACAAAUGGGAAGCAAGAGCGUUCAGCCAGGAGGCUCUCUUAAAAACAAGUUACCGUUUACUCCCAAAACGGUGCCAUUCCACUCCCUGAGCAAUGGCAAAAAGGGUUAUCACUGUUCGUUGUGUAAACGCAGCUAUGCACGAAGAUGGAACCUAAAAAUGCAUCGGUGUCCCGGUCAGUUGUCUCUUGUAUCCAGGCAGAUUAAUCCCUCCAUGCGAAUGUUCACAAUGAGGGCAAACAGCACCAAAACUAAUGUAGGUCAUGAAGAGGAACGUCACAAGAGCGUUGCUGUGGGCACUGAAGCUGCUUGCCAUGUCAAAGUGGAAAGUACUUCACCAAAAUCUGAGCAGUCUGCCAACUUGCAGCUGGCCUGGACUCCUGCAGCGAUGAAUUUCAGCCCCUUCCCCAUAACGGAGCCACAUCAGAGUCCUGCCCUGGCUUCACUCCAAGGAGGAGAAGUGGAAUCAUGGGAUGCAGACAGACUUGAUGACGAAGAUGGAAAAGAGAAGUGGGCGAUGCCCCUGGAUGAUGAAUCGCACAUGUUUAGGUCGGCAGAUAAAGGUGUUGAAGAUGGACUGGGAAAGCAGUCUGGAUCUGCUGAACACCUAGAGGUGGCACCGCACAGCCUGCGCUAUUUUGUCGCUGAUGGUGUAAAGCGUUACCCUUGUAAUAGGUGUCAGAAAACCUACAGCCGUGCAUCGACUUUACGGCGUCACUUGCGACUGUGUGGCUUCAGGCCACGAGGGUUUGGGGCUGUAGCUCCGAUUCCAAGCCAGGGUGCCAUCACACUAAAUUCUGGUUUUGUAAAACCAAUGUUUUCCUGUUUUUUCUGUGGGAAGUACUUCAAUCGCAAAGAUAACAUGAUGGCUCACAGAAAGAGGUGUCAGUUCCAGCGAACCAUGUCUGGUGCGGAGAGAGUGACGGUGCAGCAGAACUUAACAGGCGAUGCAGCAGACUGUCAAACCCAGAGGGAUGAUUCGGGAAACUGGGGCAUUAUGUCCCUGCCUUCUGUACUCCCAAGAAGGGUGACAUGUGAGUGUGGGGUCGGAUUUACGUCUCCAAGGCUCCUCCUGGAGCAUUUGCAAAAGCAUGCACAAGAAUCGUACACAUGUCCAACUUGUGGAGAAACGGUUAAUUCCUGGGCUCAAUAUGAGGUUCAUUUGCAGAUUCAUAUGCAUCCUCAUCACCAGCUGAUGAAGGGAUUACAGCCAAAGCGAUCACAGCCUAUUUUAGUCAGAAUACAGCAGCCCCAACAACAGCAGCAGCAGCAGCAACAACAGCAGCAGCAACAGCAACAACAGCAGCAGCAGCAGCUGCUGACCCAGUCAGUGCUGCCGCCUCCACUGAACCCUCCACAGGAACCACCACACCCAGAGCUAAUUUCUCGUCCAGCCAAAACACAGCGGAUUGUGUGCACUAGAUGCGGUAAUACUUUUGCAUCCCGCUGUUCCUUGCGAAGGCACAUUUCCUGGAAUCGCUGCAAAGGCGUGCGAGUUUCAAAUCCACCUAAAACCUUCCACUGUUCCCACUGCAAUGCAGACUUUCCAAAUACACUCAGUCUAAUGUUCCACCAGAGAAGUGGAACAUGCAAACCUGCCAUCAAGCCAGUUCGCUGCCCCGUGUGUCUUCGCUGGUUCGGGACAAUGGACAGUCUGGAGAAACACAUGCUGACUCACAAGCAGUCUGAAUCCUAUCAGUGUGACGUCUGUCAGGGGACCUACCCGAGCCUGAAAUCCCUCAAGAACCACCGCAGGAGGAUUCAUCGCAUCCUGAUUGGAAACUCUGCCUAAAACACAAGAACCACAGACUUCCUAAUGAUGCUCGUUUUUACUGAAAAGGGUGGAAAAUGAAGUAGUAAAUAUAUAAAUAAAGACAAGAGUCCAUUUUACUCUACUUCGAUCCCUGUGUUACUGUUGUUCCUGAUGUUCACAUUGCAGGAGUUGUUUGGACAUUGCACAGCCACAAAUGUUUUUGAAUACAUUUAAGAAGUAAGCCCAUCUUGUCACUAUAAAAACAGCAGCUUUGAUUAUUUGUACAUUUUAGAUUUUCCUAGUCAGGUCUUUUAUUCUUCAGCCACAUUAGCCUGUAAAUGUUGAAAUGAGGUUUGGUUAUCAAGCUUCCUUCAUAGUGAAGUAGCUUUUUGUUGUUCUUGGUGUUAAUAAAUAGGAGUCUGGAAAACA